CGCACUCGCUCCGAUUACACACAUCAGUGAGGUUGAUAACACUAAAUAGUAGCUAGUGAUCGAAUAUACAUCGCCAAAAACACUCGCAAUCUUCCCGGUAAUUAGUUGUGAGCGAUAGACGUGCGCCUGGCGUGGGACAAGUUCUGUGGAUGACAACCAAGUAUCGGAGAAACAGAAUCAGACCGUGGCCAGAUGUAAUGUCAGUCAGCUGAGGACGGACUGAUUCACUACUCGGAAUCCUUACGAAAUUGGCCAUCAUGUCCGCUCAUGAUUGUGUGUGGAGUGAUAUAUUUGAUGAACAAUCUAGAACAAAUUUACAAUUUGGUUUCUUAAUAACAGGUGCACUAGCUACUGUUGCAGGAUUUUGGCUUAACUCCGUUCUAUUAUUGACCGAUUUAAGAUCUGACAGAAGCUAUAGGAAUUUGGCAUUUUUCACGUUUAUUUCUUUCGUGAGACGUGCUGUAUCUAUUUUCAACUUUUUAUUCGUAUCAAAUAACUAUGAAAGUGUAUCUUGUGAAUUUUUUGGAUUCGUCGAAACAUUUUUCGCUGUGUACGAAUACGAAUGCCUUACACAUGUCUGCAUUGAGAGAUACGUUGUUGCCAAAUACAUAACUAAUGGUUGGCCUAUUCAAAAGAAUCAUUACAUAUUGUUUCAAGGAUCUUCAUUGUUUUUCUCGGCCCUAUAUGCUUUUCCGCCUGUCUUCGGUCUUGGAAGAUUUGGUCUAGACUUUUCAUGUCAGUCGUGUAUUCUUGAUAUGGUAUUAACGGAAACGUGGGAUAGAUAUGUUACAUUAACUAUAUUUUUGCUUCGCAGUGUAAAAUCAACUGGAUUUAUUGUUACUAUGUUGGUGUGGGCUCGUAAUCUGGAAGCAAAGUUUGAAGCAUCGCCAGAGUUAUUGCAGCAAAAAAAUUUCACCGAAAGCGUAGUUAUCAUGACAGUCGCCAACAUAAUGUGUUGGUUGCCAAUCGCCCUGAUACGAGGCUGGGUUUUGACGUCUCAAGUUUUGGCUGGUGACGACCUAGUUAAACCAUCUGCGACCGUCCUUCAGUUUGCUAUUUGGUUGCAAUGGGCGGCCCCUGCGUUUACUACAGCAGCAAUGUUUUUCUACGACGACAGAAUUCAUAAAAAAAUGGUAGGCGAUCGAUGUAACAAAGAGGAAUUAUCUAAAAAAGAGUAGGAGUACUACUGAUAUAACGAUUUCUACUAUUUUAUCAUAUAAUUAUAUAAACAUAUCCUUAUAAAAUUAUGCUUUACUAUGUUCUUUAAUAAUCUUUAGUUUUGCUUGUUUAUAUUACAAUUGCUAGGUUUUUAUUUUUGUCAUUUAACAUUCCUUACGACUAGUGAUCGUUGUGUAAAUUGAUAUGCCUACAUACUAUUAAGAGAACGAAAAACAAGUCAGACACCUUUAAUAUUGAAGAAAAUGCACUGAUUCCAGGAAUAUUUAUAGUACAAGUUUUUAAUAAGGUGCAGUAUGUUGAUAGUAUAUUUUAAAAUAUGUGGAAAACAAUGCAUUGAAGUGCAAAGUAUUGUAUGUUAAGUAUUUAAAAUAUUUUGUAUAUUAUUAUCUACAUACACGAGCAAUUUUAUAAGUAUAUAUCAAUUAAGAUAUCACAUAAUAUGUAAAUAAUGAUAACAAAGUGUAAAUUUAAAAGAAUACAGAUAAUGAUAUUAUAUCAACAAAAAUAACAUAGUGUAAUAAUCAUAAGUAUUACAGCGAGGCGCGUAAUCUCUGUAACGCACACAGACGUGUAUGUACACAAAACAUCAAAAACACACACAUACAGACACACACAACAUAUAUACAUAUUAUAUAAUAUUUUUAAUCUCAAAAUUUGUAUGUGAUGUUUAAAUAAAAAUAAAAACAAUUAGUUGAUUGUGGUAACUUUUAAUCAGGUCACAUGCAUGUUAACUUCAUAGCAAAUAUCUUUACAAACAUUUGUACGUAGAAAUUGUUAAAACAGUAUACCGUUUAUCUAAUUCAGUCUAAUAUACGAUCAUUGAUAGGAUAGCUUUAUUAUAUAUUCAAACAUUAUAUAUACAUAAUGUAUACAAGGCAAGACGUCUGAGGUA